UAUGUACUAUGUGGUGCAUCCUUGUGUUCAAGAAAGAACGUGAUUAUAAGGAAUUCCUUUUUGUAAAAUAAAAUGGAAGUUCUAAAUCAUUUUGAUCACAUUGACGAAAGUGUGGAUGAAAAUACAAUUAGCAAUGACAAUGUCGGCGUCGUUUUAGAGGAAGCAGAAAUAAUAGAUUGUGACACAGAAAUAGAAACUGUCACAGAAGAAGACAUACAAUAUCAGUUAUGUGAAGUAAACAGAAAUGAUAAUGCAGUUGCAUACCGUGUGGUGCAAGUUGGUGAUAAUCAUACAAAUAAUACUGAAUUGUCAAUAGCUGCACCUAUAAAUAACACUGUUCAAGUUUUAACAUCACCUAUAAAUGGACAGUUUUAUGUACUUAGCAACGGUAGUGAAGUAGUUACCUCAGAAUCUACAAGAACAGUUGCACCACGUGUUAAACUUCAAAUAGAUAAUCCACAAAAUAUUCUUACUAAUAUUAAAAAGAGGGAUGAAAGACGAAGGGUAACUCAUAAUGAAGUUGAAAGGAGGCGUAGGGAUAAAAUUAAUAAUUGGAUUUCAAAGUUGGGGAAGCUUUUACCAGAAUGUGAGCAAAGUACAACAGGAGAUGGAGAUGUAAAAACAAAUUUUGAGUUGCAGAGUAAAGGAGGAAUUUUAGCAAGAGCAUGUCAAUACAUUACAGAGUUAAGAGAUGUACAAGAAAAUUAUACACAAAGUUUAGAUGAAAAUGCUCAAUUACUAGAAGAGGCUAAAACUCUAAGACAAGUAGUAACUCAAUUAAGAAAAGAGAAUUCUGAAUUGAAAGCUCAAAUUGCAAAAAGUACUACCUAUAUACUUGGUACCUAAUGCUCAUAGAUGUAUAUAAUAAAUAGUAAUAGAUAUGAGUUUUGAAUGAAUUUAUUUGCCAUGAAUAUGGUGGUAGGGCU